AUGAGGGAAGUAAUCACCGUGCAGGUAGGGCAAUGUGGGAACCAAGUUGGGACGGAAUUCUGGAAGCAACUUUGCGCCGAGCACGGCAUUCAGCCCAACGGGAUCGUCGAGGAGUUUGCGACAGAGGGCGCCGGUGACAGAAAGGAUGUAUUCUUCUAUCAAGCCGAUGAUGACCAGUACAUUCCUCGCGCCCUCCUCAUCGACCUUGAACCGCGCGUUAUCAACACCAUUCAAACCUCCCAGUACCGUAACCUGUACAACCCCGAAAACAUCUUCGUUGCUCCCACAGGGGGAGGUGCGGGCAAUAACUGGGGGUCUGGAUAUCAGCAAGGCCAAGAGAGAGAGGAAGAGCUUAUGGAGAUGAUAGAGCGCGAAGCCGACGGCAGCGACUCCUUGGAGGGCUUUUCUCUAUGCCACUCCGUCGCCGGUGGCACUGGCUCUGGGUUAGGAUCCUACCUUCUGGAAUGUCUGAAUGACCGCUUCCCGAAAAAGCUCAUUCAGACCUACUCUGUGUUUCCCAAUCAACAGGAGGGAUCCGAUGUCGUCGUGCAACCGUAUAACGCGCUGCUUGCGAUGAAGCGACUGACCCUCAACGCGGACAGCGUGGUGGUGCUUGACAACACGGCGCUAAACAAGGUGGCGGAAGAUAGAUUACAUGUGGAGAAUCCUACUUUUCAACAAGUGAAUUCGCUGGUGUCAACCGUGAUGGCAGCAAGCACGAGCACGCUCCGCUACCCUGGCUACAUGAACAACGACUUGGUGGGUCUGACGGCCUCUCUCAUCCCGACGCCGACAUGCCACUUCCUCUUGACUGGGUACACGCCUCUCACCGUACUAGACGGAAACCGUACUUCGGGGUCCAAGGUACGGAAGACAACCGUGCUAGAUGUGAUGAGGCGGCUGUUGCAAUCGAAGAAUCAGAUGGUGUCAGUGCCGACGCGAAAUGGGAUGUACAUGUCGAUUUUAAAUGUGAUUCAAGGGGAAGUGGACCCGACGCAAGUGCACAAGAGCUUGCAAAGGAUCCGCGAGCGCGGGCUUGCAGAAUUCAUCCGGUGGGGCCCUGCAUCUGUGCAGGUGGCGCUCUCGAGACGGAGCCCGUACCUCAAGACGGAGAACCGGGUCUCUGGGCUAAUGCUUGCGAAUCACACGAGCAUCCGGACGCUUUUCAAGCGCACAGUGGCGCAGUACGACAAGCUCAGAAAACGGAACGCGUUCUUAGAGCCUUAUAAGAGGACCAAGCCUUUCUCAGGUGGACUGGACGAGUUUGACGAAAGUAGGGAGGUUGUGCAGGAGUUGAUUGACGAGUACGAGGCUGCGGAAAGCGAUAACUAUAUUGAAUGGGCAGCCAGCGGGGGGAGCAUUCCGUUGCAGAGAACGGGUGGGUACUCAUCUACGCAGGACGCGCGAAUGCCGUGAGGGGCGGGAUGUCGAGGGGUUGGACGUUGAGGGGAGGAAGUGUUAGGCUAUAGUGGGUAGGUACAGUAUUUAAGGCUGGGCGACAGUUGUUUCUUCGGCACAGGAAAUGAUGCGAGAUAGAGCGGGUUGGGAGUUGGAGAGGGAGCAAUCUGUAAUGAAGGAGUGGCGAUGACUUUAGAAAUGCUUGCUGCUGCGGUUAACGAAGAUGU